AUGGCCGUCGACUACGACUACGACGAGACGGGCAAUCUGUGGCCGUUCUUCGUCUUCACGCUCGCCGUCAUCAUUACGCUGCCGCUGACCUACGUCCUGCUCAAGGGCCUCGGCAACCCGGCCGCCGUCUUCCCCCGUGUCCAGUCCACGUUCCGCCACAACCACGCUGACCUCGUCGAUGCCGAGCGCGCCAAGUACCGUCGCCAGCAGCGGCGGUUGGGCCUCAUUCUGGCCGUCACCGUCGGCUGGGCCACCAUCGGCUACAUGCUGUACCUGAUCCAGUUCGCCGAGGCUGCCAAGAUCGAGCGCGUCUGGAACCCCUACGAUAUCCUGGGCAUUGCAGAUUCUGCCACAGAAAAAGCCAUCAAGAGCGCGUACAAGCAGCUGUCGCGCAAGUUCCACCCCGACAAGAUCAAGCCCGAUGUUUCCAAGAACGAGACCGUGGAGAUGCUCAACGAGCGCUACGUCGACAUCUCCAAGGCCUACCAGGCACUGACCGACGAGGAGAUCCGCAACAACUACCUGCUCUACGGCCACCCCGACGGCAAGCAGGGCACAAGCAUCAGCAUCGGCCUGCCCAAGCUGAUCAUCACCGACGGCAACGGCAAGUACGUUGUUCUGCUGUACUUCUUGCUGUUUGGCGUGCUGCUGCCCUACGUUGUGGGCUCGUGGUGGUACGGCACCCAGAGCAAGUCCAAGGAGGGCGUGCUGAUGGAGAGCGCCAACCGUCUCUUCCACGAGUACAAGGAGGACAUUGACGAGGCAGGCCUCGUGUCGGCCCUGUCCACUGGCAAGGAGUUUGACGCCAUCCUGCCCGGCGACAAGGCCGACUCGGGCUUGGCCACGGUGGAGGCACGCAUCACCGCCCCUGUUGCGGCUGCUUCCUCUGCCGACGGCGACGCUGCCGCCACGACUACCUCCUCUGCCCUGACCAUUGCGGGCCUGUCCACGGCCGACCGCGAGAAGCUCGACAACCUCGAUAACGGCGUCCGGCGCAAGGUGUUGGCUCUUCUGUGGGCCUACCUGGGCCGUGUCGACCUCGGCGACGCGACCCUGGAGAAGCACAAGUUCGAAGUCGCCCCGAUUGCCAACACCCUCACCCGUUCCUUUACUGCGAUUGCGCUGGCGUACGGCAACACCGCGCCCGUCAUCGCGUCCUUCAAGGCCGCCCAGCUUGUCAUUCAGGCCCUGGCGCCCAAGUCCUCGCCGCUCCAGCAGCUGCCGCACGUCACGCCGGCCAUCGCCAAGGCCAUUGAGGGUGACUCCACCGUCACCAUGCCCAUCCAGCGCCUCAUGGACCUGCCCGACGCCAAGCGGAGGAAGAUUGCCGUUGGCAGCGGCCGCUUGACCGCCGAGCAGUACGAGGAGGCCGUCUCGGUCGCCAAGCAGCUGCCGCAGCUCCGUGUCACCAAGGCCUUCUUCAAAGUGCCCGGCGAGAAGCACAUUAUCCCCUCGUCGCUGGUCAGCCUGGUUGUCAAGGGCCGUUUCAUCCCGCCCGGCUUCGCCGAGUCGGCACCCGAGGUCGAGCCGCUCGAUCUGUUUGACACAGACCCAGCCGAAGACGACAUGGACGCGCUGCUGGGCCGGAAACCCAAGACCAUUGUCGGCCGCAACCCGGACGGCACCGCCAUCACCUCGGAUGCCGGGAACGGCAAGCCCAACCUGCCCCCGCUGGCGUACGCGCCGUACUUUGGUCGCGACUACUCGCCGCGCUGGCACGUGUUCUUGACCGACUCCAAGCAAGGCAAGAUGGUUGUGCCUCCCUUUACGUUUACGGCAUUUGACCGCCCGUUGUUUCAGGAGGACGGCAAGACACCGACAUUCCACAUGCAGACGCUCAAGGCGCAGUUCAUGGCGCCACCCCAGGCCGGCCAGUACACGUUUGUGAUGCACGUCAUGUGCGACAGCUACAUCGGCUUUGACACGAAGACGGAGGUGACGCUGGUCGUCAAGGACGCGAGCGAGGCGGCCGAGAUGGCCGACGAGGAUGAGAUUAGCGAGCCGGAGGAAGACUCCAUUGCCGGCAUCAUGAACGCUGCCAAGGGCGCACCAGUAAAGAAGGCCAAGUACGAGUCGGACGACGACGACGACGAGAGCGGCACAGAAGAGGAGGCCGACGACACAAGCGACACGAACACGGACACGGACGAGGAAGAUUAG